AUGGCGGAAGACGAAAGGGAAUCCUACAUUGCCGCGAUCACCGAGCUGAUCAAGACGCGACCAUCUAGCGUUCCCAUCCUUCCACCUAAAGAUGUCUUGUACCGAGUGGAGAGGACGGCCGAGACGGUCAACCGACGUGGCAAGGACAGUGCCAUGUUACAGAAACUUCGCGACAACAACAUGACCAACUUUGUCGACGAGUCAUCAUCAUAUCAUCCCUACUGGCAGUGGCGUCUUGACGAGAUCGCUGCAGGAAGAGGUGUCAACCUUGGACGAGGUGCUGGAGGAGGAGCUGAGAAUCACACCACCAGUGUCUCCUUCAAAGGCAAACAAGUCAAAGUUCCCGAGAAACCUGCAGACUUCUCAUUCAGCGCCAGAAUACCUCCAAUGAGUGCGCAGGAUUUCGAUGUGAUCAAACUCACCGCCAAAUAUGCCGCUGCGAAUGGCCAGGCCUGGGUCACUCAACUGAGUCAGAGAAUGACUGGCAAACCUGACUUUGAGUUCCUGGGUCGACAGCAUACUCUUUACAUCUUUUUCGAACAUCUCCGGGAUCAAUACCAGAACUUGUUCGAGGCCGAAUCCGCCAACGAUGGCGAAGUACUCAAGAGGAGGAUUGCCGAGCUCGAGGCGAACAUCGAAGAUCCACACCAGGUCAUCGCUCGUGCGAGGAAACGUGCCGAAUACAAUCAAUUCCAAGAGUCGCAAAAAGUGGCCAAAGAGGAGAAGAUUGCCAAAGACCGCAUCGCAUACCAGCAGAUUGACUGGCACAAUUUUACCGUCAUCCAGCCGGCCAUUGUAUUUGACGAAGAAGAUGACACUCGAGAUCUUCCUCCUCCCAUGUCGCUACUAGAUUUACAAAGUCAGAGUCUAGAGCAACGCGCGGCGAUGCGCAUCGGAGUGGAUCGUCGCCUGGAGGAGGCGAUUCCUUUCAUGGACGAAGGCCAACCUUUACCUGCUGCACAAGUUCCGCAAUAUCCUCCGCAGGGAUACCCGCCAAUUGGCGCCUACCCUCCCCAACAAGAAGACUUCACUCAACCUCCCUCCGUCCAGGCCGAACGUGACCGCGCCCGCGCACAACAAGAGGCCGCUCGUGCCACCGCCGCCGCCCAGCCUCAACGUAUCGUCACCAAUUACGUCCCAGCUGCACAGCGCCGCAAACAACAAGCCACACUCGCCACCACCUCAAUCUGUCCCAACUGCCACCAAGCUAUCCCCAACAGCGAAAUGGAAAAUCACAUGCGCAUCGAAAUGCUCGACCCUCAAUGGCGCGAGCAAUCCCGCAUCGCCCAACAGCGCUCUCAAACCACCAAUCUCUCCACCCUCGAUGUCGCGAAUAACCUCAAGCGCCUCGCCUCUCAACGCGCCGAUGUCUUCGAUCAGGUCACGGGCUUGGCCGUCAGUGAAGAAGAACUUGCGAGACGGAAACGCGCAGAGAUUGGCGCGUAUGAUGGCAAUUCACCCGCCGUGCCUGGCGUUGGUGGUUACCCUCCCUCGUCGAACGGAUAUACUGGUGCGCAACUUCCGCCUGGGAUGGCGCCGCCGCCAGGCAUGGGGCCGGGGAUGGAAAGGCCCGAUGUGCAGGAGCAGAUCAGGAGGUUGCAUGAGAAGCACGGCAAUCGUUGA